ACGGUCGAUAAAGCUUAGGGAAGCAAAAGACGUCGGGCUUAUCCAUUCAAGGAAUAUUGGAAAGAACUCUUAAAGCAGAAUCUAUCCCAUGAAGCACAAAAUAACGCAACGGAGCGAGAUGACUUAGAAUAAGAGAGGGAAAAGGGAAAGCAAUGCAUCGCAUCGAUUCUCGGCAGGCAUAUCAAGAGAUCGAGGGACACUUGGAAGGGAAAAAAAACCCCUUUUUUCUUCUUGUAGCAGCAGCACAGACUGGAAAUGAAUUCAUCUUCUGCUCCAGAGAAAGGCUAUGAUUACACGUUCAAAAUAGUGCUGAUAGGGGAUUCCGGGGUGGGUAAGAGUAGCAUCAUCCUCAACUACACCUCCGAUAAUAAAGGUGACCACCUUCCGUCCCCAACAGUCGGGGUUGAUUUCAAGACCAAGAUUCUUACAUUGGGUGACAAGAAAGUAAAGAUUACAAUAUGGGACACUGUUUAUGAUGUGACUAGGAAAGAUACAUUCACGAGUUUGGCUAACAAAUGGAUCGAGGAACUGAAGCUAUAUUCAGCAUAUCAUGACUCUGUUAAAGUGCUCGUUGGAAACAAAUUGGAUCUAGAGAGUUCUAGGAUGGUUACAAGAGAAGAAGGGAUUGCAUUUGCAAAUCAACAUGGCUUUUUGUUUUAUGAGAGCAGUGCGAAAACAGGAGAAAAUGUGGCGAAGUGUUUUGAAGGACUUCUACUAAAGGUUCUGGGAGUUAUGGACGAACCAGCAAAUGUGAUGAAGAUGCUGCACGACAUGCAGGGAAUUCCUGGUCCCCCUGUCUUUGUUCCUUCUUCAGGGGCAGGAUGCUGCGGAUAAAUUAGCGGAACUUCUUGGUCUUAGAUAUGUUGUCCCGGGAAUAAAUGAGGGUUGCUGUUCCUACUGAUCAAAAGUGUUUAAAAUAGAGGUGUCUUGAGAUGAUGUAAUGUAAUGGAUUGUGUAGUUAAAAUGGAGGUGGUGUAGAAGCUUAUGGACAAGUCAAAUGCACCGAGAUAAUGAAUCAUGUAGAUGCCUCUAAUCAUGAAGGUGGUUUAGAUUCUGUAAAGAAAAGUUGAAUGAGGGUAUUUUGUUGCAAACUACUUUGC